AGACGGUGAUUUGUAUGAAAAAUUAAAAGAGGACGAAUCGUUCAUCGUUUUCAUAAAAACUAUAAGUUGUUGGCCGUCUUUAAAGAAAAUUUUAUCCUGAAGCUUUUUUUACAAAAAAAAAAAUAAUAAUAAUAAUAGUUUGCCGAAAUAUUUUCAGAGGGUUAUUUAUCUGAAUUUUUAUAAGGUUUAUUUCGAAAAAAAAAGAAAAGAAAAAAGGGUCCCAUUUUAACCUUGUUCGCGAAUCCUUGUGACGGUUCAAAUUCUACGCAUCCAAGCUCCAAACGAGGGAGACCCCAAAGGCUAUGUGAGAGAAGCCGAUGAGCUGCAAACUCAAAUCCGCGGGCGACGGAGCAGCCCUUGUUUUCCACCAGAAUCUGAAGCUCACGCAUCUUGCCAAAUGCGGCCGCCUCGACGAAGCCGUCGCCGUCUUCAACGCCAUGAGCACCCGCAACACCGUCACCUACAACUCCAUGAUCUCCGCCUACGCCAAGAACGGCCGAGUCGCCGAGGCGCGGCGCCUCUUCGACGCCAUGCCCUCCCGCAAUUUGGUUUCCUGGAACACCAUGAUCGCCGGGUACUCCCACAACCAAUUCGUUCUCGCAGCCUCUAACCUGUUCGAUAGAAUGCCCGAAAGAGACAUCUUUUCGUAUUCCCUAAUGAUUACCUGCUAUGCACGAAAUGGUGAAUUGGAGAAGGCGCAGGAACUGUUCGAUAGAAUGCCUGCCGAGAAGAGCUCGGUUUGCUACAACACACUGAUAUCGGGAUAUGCAAAGAGUGGGAGGUUCGAAGAUGCUGUACAGUUGUUGAAUAAAAUGCCUUCUCAGAGCUUGGUUUCCUGGAAUUCGGUGCUCGCCGGGUACACGCAGAACAAGAAGAUGGGUUCGGCUUUGAAAUUCUUUGAGCAAAUGCCGGCGAAAGAUGUGGUGUCUCAAAACUUGAUGCUUGAUGGGUAUGUUCGGAUCGGGGACUUGGACUGCGCUUUGGAGUUUUUUAGGAGGAUUGACUCGCCGAAUGUUGUUUCUUGGGUGACUAUGAUAAGCGGGUAUUGUAGGAGUGGCAGGAUUUUUCAAGCUAGGGAGUUGUUCGAUCAAAUGCCGGAGAGAAAUGUUGUCUCAUGGAAUGCGAUGAUUGCAGGGUAUGUGCAAAGUUUGCAGAUAGAAGAGGCUUACAAAUUGUUCAUGGAGAUGCCGGAGAAGAAUGCAAUUUCAUGGACAACGAUGAUAAAUGGAUAUGUUCGUAUUGGGAACCUCGACGAAGCUUGUAAAAUGCUCGGUAAAAUGCCUUUCAACAGUGUGGCAGCAGAAACUGCAAUAAUGAAUGGCUAUGUUAGGAAGGAAAGAAUGGAUGAUGCUCAUCAAAUUUUUAACCAAAUAAGAGCACAGGAUGCUGUAUGUUGGAACACGAUGAUUUCAGGCUAUGCACAAUGCGGACGAAUGGAUGAGGCCGUGGAUUUAUUCGAGCAAAUGCCAAGGAAGGAUGUUGUGUCGUGGAAUACUAUGGUAGCAGGUUAUGCUCAAUGUGGGCAAAUGAGCAAAGCUAUAAGCAUUUUUGAACAGAUUGGUCACAAGAAUACCGUGUCAUGGAAUUCUAUCAUCUCUGGUUUCGCGCAGAAUGGCUUCUACGCGGAAGCACUUCUUUAUCUCGUGCUCAUGAAAAAGGAGGGGAAGAAGCCCGAUUGGUCUACUUUCGCUUGCGGCUUAAGUGCUUGUGCAAACCUUGCGGCUUUGCAAGUAGGUAAGCAACUCCACGACCUCCUACUCAAAAGUGGGCACAUUACCGACUUCUUCGCUGGCAAUGCCUUGAUAACCAUGUACGCUCGUUGUGGAAGGAUCCUACAAGCAAGACGGGUCUUUAAUGAAAUGGCGGUCGUUGACGUUAUUUCAUGGAAUGCUUUGAUUGCUGGCUUUGCCUUAAAUGGUGAUGGAAGAGAGGCAAUUUCACUCUUUCGAGAGAUGGGGCGAAAUAAUGUUAGUCCCGACGAGGUAACAUUUGUUGGUGUUCUCUCGGCAUGUAGUCAUGCGGGAUUAAUCGAUGAAGGACUAGCCUUGUUUGACUCUAUGAGCAAAGAUUACUCUAUUAGACCUGUGGCUGAGCAUUAUGCUUGUAUUGUUGAUUUGCUUGGGAGAGCAGGGAGAUUAAUGGAAGCAUUUGGAUUAGUGAAGCAAAUGCCAGUCGAGGCAAAUGCUGGAAUAUGGGGAGCUUUACUUGGGGCUUGUAGAAUUCACAAGAACCGUGAGCUAGCUAGAUUCGCUGCGCCGAAACUGUUUGAGCUUGAGCCACAUAAGACUUCGAAUUAUGUGUUAUUGUCGAAUAUAAAUGCGGAAGUGGGUAGAUGGGAUGAGGUUGAAAGAAUGAGGGUUUUGAUAAAAGAGAGGGGAGUGCAGAAGCAACCGGCGCGCAGCUGGAUCGAGAUAAAGAAUAAGGUUUGUUCCUUCUCGGCCGAUGAUUCAGCAGAGACAAGGACAAGUGAAGUAUGUAGAGUUUUGGAGGAGCUAAGCGCGCAAAUGAGAGACACAGGGAUUUUCCCCGAUUCGUCUGUACUAGAUUGUGGAUGAGCAUCCAAAUCCUGUUACUGUUGUCUAACAGAUGAAUCAGAAAAGAGACUGUUCCCGUAGCAUUCAAAUCGACUCAACCGCAUGCAGUUGAGUCGCAUCAUGAACCUUUUGAGUCAUUUGAUUUCAUUUACAAUCUGGUAGAAUUGUAUAUUGUACAGUUUCACCACAGCCUCUGCUGAUGAUGGUUUAGUUAAAUCGUUGAGUAAGAGAGACUGCAGAACCUUGUCAUGUAAAUAUGCAAAUUUAUACAACUCAUUAAAUGUGCAA